CCCACCUACUGCAACAAUGUAUUUUUUUAUGUCAUCAAGCGGCACAAAGUAAAGUAAUCCGAAACCCCCCAUACACAGCGACAAUUCGACAAUAACACGAUAUUAUCAAUUAAAACGCGCAUCAAACUGCAACCAGCACGCGCCACUUGCCCAUUCGCUGUCCCCUCUGCGCCACCUGCUCAGCAUAACAAGAUGUCAACACGUCGCCAGGCCAUCACGCUGUACCGGAAUUUAUUGCGGGAAUCGGAAAAGCUGCCCGCUUACAACUUUCGAAUGUACGCUGUUCGCAAGAUACGCGACGCAUUCCGCGCCAACAAGGCCAUUCGAGACUUUGCUGAAAUCGAUCGACAAAUGGAGGCGGGCAAACAGAAUCUGGAGCUGAUACGGCGGCAGGUCAUCAUCGGCCACCUAUACACGGCGGACAAGCUGGUCAUCGAGAACAAGAAGACACUCAGCCCCCUGGAUGAUUGAGGAUGCCGGAUGCCGCCAUGCUGCUUGUACAAAAGCCCUGCCCUGCUCGCAGAUAAAUAAUAUGUAUAUUUACAGCUCGAAAGACUCGUUACACACAAUUCUAGUUGGAUAAAGCUUUUUGCCCAUUGUUGAUCUUAUGGAAGUCAAGUUACAUAUGUAGGCCUUAUUUUUGAACCACCAGUGAAGUGAAGGAAUCGCUAUCGUUUGCUAGCAA